UGGUUUAAAAGGCGAAGACACGUAUGAGAAUGAAGAGAAAAGAGGAUAAUGGCUUCGUUAUCAGUGUCUCCUUUGAUAUCCAUGAGAUUGAGAGCACCCACUCACUCACCUUCUCUCACUCUCACCGCUUCCAAACCAAAUUCACUCGCUCUUAAUUGCUCCAAGACUCCUUCUCCAUUGCUUCAUUGCUCCUUCGCUUCCUCUCCUUUUUCUCUCUCUUUCCCCUCUUCUUCCCUUUCAGGAUUGUCACUAGGACUAGAUUUGACAUCUACUUUUGGGGCUAGAAGACACAAUGGCCGUGGUUUGGUUGUGGUAGCAGCAGGCAGGAGUGCUCUUUGUCUAACCAAGAGAAGCAGAUCACGAAAAUCAUUGGCACGCACUCAUGGCUUUCGCAAACGAAUGAGCACACCAAAUGGAAGGGCUAUCUUAAAGCGUCGACGUGCCAAGGGACGCAAAGUCCUUUGCACUAAGACCCACUCAAAUAGUGGCAAAUAGUCACCACAAGGGCAUAAAAUUAUUCUACUACUUUUAUGCAUAACUGUAUUGAUUCAUCUAAACUUCUCUGUAUUUCAAGCUUUUCUUUUUCUUGUUCUCCUAACAAUGGUUUUAUGUAUCAUUUAUAUUUUAAAAAAUUAAUAAUUUUUUUGGUAAA